AUGUCACAGGGUCUUUCACACUUGAGAGACGAGGAGCUGUCUAAAGAGAGUCAGGAGUCCAACUGGUUCUCUGCCCCCUCGGCUCUCAGAGUCUACGGCCAGUACCUGAACCUGGAUAAGGACCACAACGGCAUGCUGAGCAAAGAGGAGCUCUCACGCUACGGCACUGCCACGCUCACCUCCGUCUUCCUGGACAGAGUGUUCCAGGAGUGCCUCACCUACGACGGAGAAAUGGACUAUAAGACCUAUCUAGACUUUGUGUUGGCGUUGGAGAACAGGAAGGAGCCGGCAGCGUUGCAGUACAUUUUCAAACUUUUGGACAUGGAGAAUCGAGGAUACCUCAACGUGUUCUCCCUCAACUUUUUCUUCAGGGCCAUUCAGGAGCAGAUGAAACUCCACGGACAGGAGCAGGUCACGUUCCAGGAUGUAAAGGAUGAGAUUUACGACAUGGUGAAGCCUAAAGACCCCUACAAGAUCACCCUCCAGGACUUGGUGAACAGUUGCCAGGGCGACACAGUCACCAGCAUCCUGAUCGACCUCAAUGGCUUCUGGACCUACGAGAACAGAGAGGUGCUGGUUGCCAGCGACAAUGACGGCAGCAGCAGCAUGGCAGAUCUGGACGACAACUGAAGAUUAUGUGGCAGAAGAGACGCUCCUGGUACCAACAUUUCACUCCCAAGCUGAAAGCACUGAACACUUCCUGUUUCCCAGAGCCUGGAGAAAUGAAUGGAUUGAUGGAAGGAGGAGACAGUGCUUUUUGUAAUACAUGUGUUUUUGUCUUUGACCUUUUUUUAAAUAAAUGUUUCCUUAAAAUUCCUUUCCUCACAAUGCCUACAUGCUUCACUUUUCUUUGUAUAAUAGAAAUGUCCUUUAAAUGACUGUCAAAUUCAAUUGAAAGUGGCUAUAAUGGAUGGCUCACUGUUUUGCUUUAGUUCAUUUGAAAACACAGAAAAAAGAUUAAAAAGGUAGACGAAUAUUCGACAUACAUACAGUUGCAAGAAAAAGUA